AUGAAAGUGGGUGGUAAUGCAGCCGCAUUAGAAUAUUUCACAAAACACGGUGGUAGCGCGUCCUUAAAUAGUAAAGAUGGAAAAUUAAAAUAUACAUCUCGUGUGGCCUUAAAAUAUAAAGAUGAACUUAUUAAAAGGGCUAAUGAAGAUUCUAAAAAAAAUCCCGAUUUCGAGAUUGUCGAAGAGGAGCCACAAACACCACAAACGUCAACUAAAUCAGAAGACUUUUUCGAUACAUUUGACAAAGAAGUUGUAGAAAAACCUUCAUCAACGGAAGAAACAAGCGUAACUGCGACCACAAACAAGUCAUCUAGUCCUAAUAAUCAUAAGGUGAUAAAAUCGGCAUCCACAGCAAGGUCGAACAUUACUGCUCGUGGAAAGGGACAAAAGAAAACUAAAGUUGGAUUAGGAGCAGUGAAACUUCAAAAGGUUGAUAUCGAAACAGCGGAACAACAAGCCAAAGAGGAAGAAGAAUUAGCUAAACAGCAAUUACAGAAUGAAGAAACCAAUUUACAAAAAUCUGCAGAACGAUGGACAUUCAGUUCUCGCUUAGUAUAUAAUGAUGGAUCGCAAUCACCUGGAGGAAAUCAGGAAAUAAAUAACCAACGACUUAGUGAUGAUCUUGAAAGACUUGGCAUGGGAGUUUCGAGAUUGGGAUUUGGAAGUGUUAGCAAACCUACAACAAAAGUUGAAGAAACAACUACUUCGCGAUAUAUCGGAUUUGGAUCAAUUAGUAAUGCAAAUAAUUUAAGUAAAUCAAAUAAUGAUGAUAUUUCCGAUACCGAUUACGCUCGCCAAAAAUUUGGAAAUCAAAAGGCAAUUUCUUCUGAUCAAUAUUUUGGUCGCAACCAGUAUGAUCCUGAUACCAUGUCAGAGGCAUCCGAUCGAUUGAGGCAAUUUGAAGGGGCAACAUCUAUAUCUUCUAACCAAUACUUUGGACGAGAUGACGAACCUUCACGGCGUGAAAAUUUAGAUUUAGGUGGAUUGGAGAUGAAUGCUCGUGAUUUUGCACGAAAAUUCAUUGGACAGGCAGCAUCAGACUAUGAAGCGAUUAAAGCAGUGGUUGAAAGGGGAGGAGAAAAAUUAAAGGAUUAUAUCACAGACAUACAGGUAAGACGUAAAUAG